UUUGAAAUAAUAUUUUAUCCAAAUACAUCAUUUAAAUAAUCGUUUUUUAAAUAUUCUAUUUGCGGAUGACCAAACCAGUUUGCUUAUAGUCGUUUAAACUUCAUACAUAUCGAUUUUAUAGCCUUAGUAGACAUGCGUUGACAUAUUAUCGUUGUAGAAUGCUUUGUACGCAGAACUUGAUGUUUUAUGAGUUUCGUUUCUUACCUGAAAGAGACAACAUGUGAUACAUUACCGAAAUAAAUCUUCCUUAGCAAGUAUGCAACAUGUUAUGAUCGAAUCUAUCGUUCCAAUAAACCUGUGGCUUAGUAUUUGAUUUCAAAUUGCAUCGAUUCAUUUAUUAGCGUAAGUAAUCUCUUAUCGCAUUUCUUUAUGUAUUAUUUCCUUCAAAGUAAUAUUUUCACAAUGAGAGAUUGAAAACUUGUAUAAUUUGUAUGACACGACGAUUACGGUAUAAAAUUAUUCCCAAUAAUCUUUUAUAUAUGUUUUCUUUCUACUUCAUCCGAUUUUUUUUUAUUUCAAUUACGAUAUUACAUAUAUCCUAUCCAGUGAAUCCACGUACAUACACGCGUACUUAUAUAUAUAUAUAUAUAUAGUAUAUUGAGCAAUGUCAAGGUCACGGAUGUUCCACGUUUCUUUACACCGCGUAUUCUUCAUAUUUUGCUUAUGACAUUAUGUCCACAACUACUUGUGUCGCGAAACGAUUUGCACUGUAGCUUACAAAAAAAAAGUUAAGGUAAUUUGCACAAAAAUACUUCAAGUGCUUCUAAUGUUGCAGACGAAAACGAAUGAGAUGAUGUGUUGCAUACUAUGUAAGUAAAAUAUUUUGUUAAUAGCAUAUCAAUAAUAUGUAUAAAUAUAAGAACGAAAUAGUUAUAUUUUAUUCUACUUUGUACUUGCUUUUUACGGUAUAUCGUACGUUGCUCCAGGCUGAUAUUAUAGGUAUAUGAAAGAAAUUAAUAACAAAAUCAUAUAUGAAGAUGACCACCACGAUAGGAGACGUACGAACUCUGCAAACUUUAACGUCACACACCAGUGACGUUACGAGUAUUGAUUUUGCGAGCGAUUGCGUACUUGUAACUGGAUCUGGAGAUAAACGUGUCAGAGUUUGGCAAUGGCGAUUAGGCGAAGGGUACGUAGAGGCAUAUUUUUCGCCGUUGCAGGGGCACAAAUACGGAGUUACAUCUGUCAAAGUGAGCCCACAAUCGACGAUGCUAGCUUCGGCUAGUAUAGAUGGGACAACGUUGCUAUGGAAUUUACGAACAGGAUCAAAAAUUCAUACGAUGGUUCAAGUAGGCGGAGAAACUGUAAGAGUUUGCAGAUUUUCGCCCGAUUCAACGUUACUUGCAACUGCCGGAGAUAAUGGACAGGUUUGUCUUUGGGAUUUGAUUCGACGCAAUUUAGUUAGAUAUUUUCAAAAACAUGAAGGUGCUGUGCAGAGCGUAUGCUUUUCACCGGAUACCAGUUGGUUAGUAACUACUUGUACGUUUGGUGUCAUGAAAUUAUUCGCCACCAGCGAUAUCAUCGACUCGUGCUUUACCGAUAAUCAAGCGAUUACUGCCCUCGCCUCAAUAGAUGAUGCUCAUGAUUUAGGUGUCGUAUCUUGCGACUUUUCAACCUGCCAAAAGAUUACAGGUAACGAACCAUUCACAAAAGUGUACCAACUAGUUACUUGCGGUAAUGAUCAUUACGUAAAAUUAUGGGAGAUAACUGUGAUACAGUCGAAAUGCGAAACAUCCACCGUGAAAAUAAGCCUGUGCAGAAUCAUGGAAAAACACAGUAGUGCCUUAACUUGUGUUUGUUUCAAUGCGAACGGAUUAUUCAUCGCUAGUAGUGGCCUCGACAAAACAGCGGUAAUCUGGGAAACGGAUACCGGAAAAGUGAUGGCGAUAACAACAGGACAUAACAGAUAUGUAGCAUGCUGUGCGUUCUCGAGAGAUGGAAAUUUAUUAGCUACAGGUUCCAACGAUAAAUCCGUAAUUGUUUGGGAUCUUAAAGGAAACUUAUGCUUCGACUCGGAACUCGCACGACGAUUUACACCUGCCUUAUUUUUAGAUAAUCACGAAGAGAGCGUCGAAUAUGAACAAACUGUAAUGAAAAACGCGGAAACAUCUGUUAAUGACGUUCAACUAAUUCAAAGAUUAGAAGAGCACGGUGGAGUAAUAAACAGCGUAGCUUUUUACGGAAAUCAUCUUAUCGCUUCUGGAUCUGGGGACAAGUUAAUACGAGUUUGGAGCAUUGAGACCGAAGAAGAAGCCAAUGCCGAAAUUAUUACGAAAUUUCAAGAGAAAUCUUAUAGCCCGUUGGAUGGUCAUAAAUAUAGUAUAAACCAUGUGGAAUUUAGCCCUUGUGGUCGUAUGCUUGCCUCCUGCUCCUUAGAUGGAACUGUUAUCAUCUGGGAUACCGAGAACGGUUCUCAAGCAAAAUCUUCCUUCGUGAAUUCGGGAUCCGGUAUCCGUGUUUGUCGAUGGUCACCGGAUGGUACUAAAAUUGCUACAGCUGGAGACGAUGAAAGGACUACAUUAUGGGAUGUGAAUAAUAUGGAGGAACUUUGCAUUUUCAGUGGUCAUGCCGAUGCAAUAAACGCGAUUGCCUUUACACAUGACUCUUGUUACUUGAUUACGGCAUGCAACGAAGGUACUUGGAGGCUGUUUCAAAUCAGUGAUAACAAAAAUUGUGAAGCGUUGAUUAUUUGUGGCGAAGCUCAUGACUUAGGCGUCCAAGGGUGUGAUUUUUGUCCAACAUCUAAUUUUAUAACUAAUGGAAGAAGUGAGAAUAUAAUUACCAACAAAAAUUCUUAUCUGUUAGCAACUGGUGGCAAUGAUUCCUUGGUUAAGUUAUGGCAAAUAACAAUUGACAAAGUUAACGUAAUCUCAUCAGGUAGUAGUGGAAGCAGUAGCGGUGAUGUACGAUAUAAAGAAAGAAGAUCUUUCGCCGGACAUGGUGGCAAUGUGACUUGUGUUCGAUUUCCUCCGAUUCAAAGCGAAAUCUUAGGAAGCGUGGCUACUGAUAGAACGGCGCGUAUAUGGAAUGUAUACUCUGGGACGUGUUUAUACGUGCUAGAAGAGCAUGAAAGUCUUGUAACUGCCUGCGCUUUUUCGCAAGACACUUCUCUUUUUAUUACAGGUGCUCUAGAUAAAACUGUCUUAAUCUGGAAAAUACCUCAACAGUUGAUUUCGCAAAAUAUAUUAAUAAAUAACUUAAAAAAUAACAGAAAAAGGGUUGCGGACUGGAAAAUCGAUGAUACGUUGAGAUGGUUGGACGAAAUAGGCUUAUCGAUAUUAAUUAAGAAAGCUAAUACGAUUUCUUUAACGGGACGACAUUUACUUUCCCUAUCGGAGAAUGAAUUAACAAACAGACUGGAUAUAGAACAAGAUGAAGAGACAGCGGAAGCAUUUAAAACACAACUGUACUGGUUAAAACGUGAAGACAAUAAUUCUUCAGAAAUCCCUAUAGACGAUAGCGAAAUAUCUCACGAAUUUUUAUGCCCUAUCACGCAUGAAAUAAUGAAAGAACCUGUCCAAUGUUCUGAUGGAUUUACAUAUGAAAAAGCUGCUAUAAAUGAAUGGUUUUUAUGUGGGAAAUAUACAAGUCCAAUGACGAACAAACCUCUUCGAGAUACUUCAUUUACCCCAAAUGUUAUACUCAGGAAUGCGAUAUACACUUUUCUUCAUGGAAAUCGACCAACUGAUGACAAUUAAGCGUUGCAUCUAAUGGUUAUGCACUCUCAUGAACGGGUAUAUGAAGUUUUAAAAGGAACAAAUAAUAAAUACGCACAAAAAGUUGUUAACAGACUAAUCAACAAAAUCGAUAUAACAUAGCAAAUAUGUACGUACAUUUGUGAGAAUUUUGUAAACAUCUGCUAAUAAAUA